AUGAAUGUCAUUUACUCGGUAAAAGAUUACGUCAGCAAUGUAUUUCAUCAGGACUCGGGAUCAGGUGCUAUUGAUAUCGUCGCUGUGCAACAAGCAGAUGGUUUUAUACAGUGUUCACCUUUUCAUGUGUAUUUUGGGUCAUUACCCAAAUUAAAACCAUAUGAACAUCAACAUGUUUCACUUGAAGUUAAUGGUCAUAAAAUUCACGGAAUUCACAUGAAGGUCGAUCCUGCCGGUGAAGUCUAUUUUGUUCACCAGGUCCUGGAAUCUAUAGAUGAACAGGAUUAUUCAAUUUUACCUCAUUCACCCAGUAGUAUUGGACUAGAAAUGGACACUAUUGGUAACAAUAAUGCUUUUUGUAUCGAGAAGAAGACCGUAAAAGAACCUCAAGGACAUGGAGAAGAUGCAACACGAGAGAGUAAACGACAACGAGUGACGACACAUGGAUUGAAUGCUGCUCUGUCCAUUUUAGACGAAGAAAAUACGUCGGAGGAAGAUGAAGAGGUACCAGGAAUGGUGAAAUGUGCUUCCGUCUAUUUUGAUGCAGUGGAUAUUGAAGUGACGAUGGCUGCAAGUGGAAAAUAUGUUGACUACUACUAUGACCAUCCUUCCAUGUCACUUUGUGGCCAUUUGCUGGAUACAGUUGUAACUAAGAGUGAUGUAUAUCGGAUUUUUCUCGAAAACGUUAUCACGUUUGACUACUUUCAAGCUAAUGCUGCAAGUAUUCUUGCAAACCCAGCAUUGCGCUUCUACGUUGAUGGGAAAGUCACGUCGUACGAUGCGGACAUGCAAGCGUACUUGGUUUCUCGCGUGCUUUUCCCGUAUUCACAACAUUUAUCUGUAGGCGCAUCACCGAGUCGAAAUGUGAACGAACCCGACGUAUCAAUGGAGUUGCAGACAGUGGAUGCAAUAAGCAGAGUCGUAAAUUAUGACGAGCGCCUUAAAAUCUCAAAGUAUACUUUUUCUCAUUCGGGUAUGUUAGAACGCGGCUCUACUACGUUGGAGCAGCUGGACGAAGUCUGCAGUGAUGACGCUGGGUCAACACAGGACACUGCUAGCAUUACUAGUGAGUCCUACUUUAACAAAAGUUUAAAGCCAUCACAAGAGGAACUGCUGGAAAUGGGUCUGCGCAUAGGUACCAACGAUAUCUCGUUUGUGCUGCAACUAGAUGGUGUGGGUGAGGUGGCUCGCGUGACGGCAAAUUUGUACCUAUGGCCAGUCACAACGAAGGUGGUAAUUGCGCAGAUUGAUGGAGCGAUUUUAAGCAAAGCUGCCACGGGUAGCAUGUUCAAGCGUAGGGACCCUGCUGCGAUGCAUCCAGGAGCAGUAGAGUUUUACUCGAAGCUCGCACGGAACGGAUACAGAGUCGUGUAUAUCACCAGUCACGGCAUUCUACAGGCCCAAUUGCAUCAAGCACUUCUCCAUAAUAGUGCUGGUGAGGACGGGGAUGUUACGCUGCCAAUGGGUCCAGUUUUGUUUUCACCUGACCGCCUUCUCGCCUCCUACAACAAAGAAAUUAAUGGCGCACAAGGUUUCCGAUUUACUGUGCUUGAUGACUUGCAGUCUCUUUUCCCGCGUUGUGUGAAUCCGUUCUAUGCGGCAUUCGGCACAACUCAAGCUGACAGCGUUAUGUUCAUGCAAGCUGGCGUUUUUCCAGGAAAGGUGUUCAUCAUCGACCCGGCUGACGGUGUUCUUCGGCACCGUUCUCUCAUGGGCUUCCAUGAGUCCUACACGAGUCUACUGGAUCGCGUAGACGUUAUGUUUCCGCCAAUUUACUCGCCAACGACGGUGAUUCCAAGGUCUGAACAGAGCAGCGCUCAAUCGGUCGCGAGAAAGCUUCAGUCUGUAUCAAGCAACCUUAGCUCAACUUCAUGUGCAUCUAUGGUCAAGGAUAACCAACACAUUGCUUUUGAGGCGGUUGCGUCGUUGGUCCGCACACGAAGUCUCACUGAUGAGGCGUAUAAUGACAUUAACUUCUGGCGACUUCAGCCAGGAUACGUCUAA